AUGGCCUGCUGUGCCGGACCAAAGGAGAUCACUGCCUUGGAGAGGCAUGCCGCUCGGCUUCAACGAGCUGCUCUCAGGAGGACCACUAGUUCACGGCAAUUCUUUGACAUGUACACCAUGCCGCUGAAAACCUUCAUCAACCUGACUGAGAUCAGAGCGCACGAAGAGUUGAAAGAUGCUGGGAUGCUGGUUCAUUUUGACUCGAGUCAUGGUCAGGCGAUGUUCAUUUCGCAUCAGUGGGCUGGCAUUGGGCAUCCUGAUCCACAUCUUGAGCAGAUUCGAGUACUCCAGAACGCGCUAAAAGGGAUAUUGAGUUCAGAUACGACUUACAUCUCGCCAGGCAUUGUCAUUGAGCUGUAUGUAGGCCAGUCUGCUGCAAGGGCAGCUGAGCUUACAGAGCAGCCGCUAUUCCUGUGGUAUGACUAUUUCUGCUGUCCUCAGGGAUUAUAUGGCGCAGAACAUCGUGCAGCAGCCAUUCAGAGUAUUCCAUCUUAUGUGGAGACAUCUCGUUUUUUUGUCAUUCUUUGCCCUUCGAUUCGACAUGUGCAGCGGGGCACGCUCUUGAGCAAAUCUACGUGGGCCUCCAGAGGUUGGUGCCGUUUGGAGCUUGUGGUGAGACACUUGAGCAAACGAUCGAGCAUUGCAAUUGAGGUUCAAAGCGCAGGGCGGCAGAUCCUAUCAAACAUGUUGGAUUGGGUUGUGCAGCCUGUAGGCGAGGGGGAGUUCACUCUUGCACAGGACGUUCAGAAUGUGGGGCAGGUCUUGAAAGACCUAGUCAGAGACAAACUACUGAGCUAUCUGUCAGCAGGCAUGCUGCACAACUAUCGUACCAUCCUGAAUCUGCAGAGCGUCAUCUUCCGACAUCUGAACAUGAACCCUAUUGUGGACAUGAUACCGGGCUUUCACUCCACUUCUUCCGACCCGUGCCUAUUCUUCAAGGACGAGUUCAUGCAUCAGAAUGGCUUCACAAGCAUGAAUCGCGACUCCGCAGGAUGGACUCCCCUGUGCUAUGCAGCUUUGGGUGGCAGUCCGUUGUUGAUCUGUGCUCUACUUGAGGCCCGAGCUGAUGUGAACGACAAAGUCAAAAUGAAAGGCUCCCAGCUUGUGAACCUCGGGCAUAACACGACAGUCCUGUCCAUCUGCGCCUUCUUGAAGCACAACGAGGCAUUGACGUUUCUUUUGUCCUCCCGGGCAGAUGUGGAUGUCAAGGAUAGCUAUGGAGGCACUGCUAUGCACUGGGCUGCAAGUGGUCGCAAUCCAGAAGGUGUUCAGAUUCUAUGUGCACAUGGUGCCAGCUGCACUGUGCCAGCCAUGACGGGACAUUUGCCAUUCCUGUUCACCAUCGGUGGUGGUGCUGCGGGCGUACAAGUUCUCAAGGAGCUUCUACCACAUACUCCGCAAGCUGACAUUGCUGAAAGCUUGCUCGCAAUUUUUCUACUGGGCGGUGGACAUCCAGCUGUGGUGGCGACCUUGAUCGAGGCUGGCGCCGACCUGAACUUACAAACGCACAAGGAGAACACCAUUCUCAACGUUCUUCUGGCCUACUACAAGGUUCGGCACAUGUGGAGGAAGUCUACAUUGAGUACGUAUGCUUUUCACUGUCGGCGUGCGACACCCUUGAUGCUCAGCAUUAUCACUUGCUCUUUUCAAGCUGCGGCAGUGCUCAUUUCGGCAGGCGCGCGAACUGAUCAAGUCAAUUCGCGCGGUUGCACAGCCAUGGAUUUUGCCAGACAAAUGAGUGCCCCUGACUACAUUAUGCGGGGCCUUGAAGGUGAUCCAUCGGCUUGUGAAGCUCUUGUCAUUGAACAUAGUGACCAAUUUUGGCUGACUAUGUAG